UGAUAGAGUAUAUAGACUUGGACCCCCGGGUCUCACGACUAUUGGGCCCGGACAGCGGCCCACAUACGCUCAGUAGAUAGCAUUUAUCUCAUUGUACACUUUAUUUAUUCAGAUGUAUCCAUUAGAAUAGAUUAGAUAUCAUUUAUUAGCCCUUUAUUAGCCUUUUAUUGUAACUGGGCCAGCCAGGCCCAAGCCUGGAAGCCCAGCCCUCUUUUCUCCUAUAAAUACUCCCUAUGGGAGCCAUGUAAAGGAGGAGAUAAUUGAUUGGAAUUCAUUAUAUAUAUCACUUUAUCUCUCUAGCUCUCACUUCUCUCUGGAAUUAAUUAAUCUAUCAUUUGGUGCUUUCAUUGAGAGCUAGAACAAAUCAAGUGAGAUCCUCCCAACUAAUAACGCACAUCACGUAGAUAAAGGAGGUGGUAGCACUUCGGCCCCAUUGGAAGCAACAUGCCACCUAGCCUUACGUGUCAUGUGUACUCCUCGGCUUGAAGGAUGAACUCUGCCAGCAAAAAACUAAAACAAAGGGAAUUCUAUAUGAAGGCAAGAAGCUUGUGGGACCCUCGUCCAGCAGUCCUUCGUAGUGUUCCUCCCUCGGCCAAAAUGAUGGGCCAAGUUCAAAUACGGAGUAAGUGUUCUCUUCGGCCAAAUGGGACCCUCUUCACCGAGCAGCAAGUGCCAGGUGGCUUCCCUUCGGCCAGAGAAACCUCCUUCGAAACGCCCGCCUCGGCCAGAACUCCACAACAACAAAAAUAACAAGCUUCAUCCUGACUAACUGGCCAAAUAUCACCAUGUCCCAGUUAUGAACAAACAACAUCACCAUCGGCCGCAUUGCAUCAUCGGCCGUCAACACCUCUGCCGGCGACACAUCGGCAGGCAACACAUCGGCCGCGAUACAACGGCCAUCGAUGACAUGUCGGCCAACAACGCCAUUUGCCAGCAACCUCAUCGGCCGGCAACCUCAUCGGCCAAAGAAUUGAGGGAGGCACCGCAUCGGCCGACAUACAACGGCCGGCAUACAACGGCCAGCGUGCAUCGGGCAGUGGCAUCGGCUAGAUCACACCGUCGGCCGGCAGUCCCACCGGCUAUAGACAGUUGCACACGGCGGAGACACUUCGGCCUAAUUGGUGGUAGCAGCACUCCUCGGCCGAAAUGUCACCCUCGGCCUCAUUGAGACUCCAAUAGCACAUGAUGCACCAGGAAACCUCAAGAAUUGACACGUCAGUCAGAAUCAAAACAAGAUCUAAAGUCAACAUGAUGUCACGCUUCGGCCCAAAGAAAGCAAAGGUUGAUUCCUCAACUAAUGAAUGUGAGGCGAAGCUUCGGCCGCAAUACUGACAGCCAUAGUUUCCCUUCGGCCAAACAAAGAGGAAGACUGCACAUCGGCCAAGCGGGCACGCCAUCGGCUGGCGCCCACCUACCGGCACCCAUCGGCCGGAACCCAUCGUCCAGCAACUGUAGCGGUCAGUCCGACACCAUCGGCCAACAGAGCAGACGCAUCGGCCAAAAAAGGAAAAAGAAAAAAUCAUUAUAAAUCACGGAAGCCUCACGACGGCCGAAACAUGGUCGCAUCGGCCAAGCAACCACCUGCCAGGGGAUUGGAAUCGAGUCGGCCAGGGCAGGAACCUCCUCCACCGUCAUCUCUGGCCGCUCUCCGGCGCCCAAUCGCGGACCCCUCGGCCGCAAUAGGAACCUCGCUAAUCGGAAGGGCGGCCACCGUCCCCGGUCACCGUCGGUGCCAAAGGUGGAAGGCUGAAGCUCGACUCGUCCGUAGUCAUCAUCGAUCCAGGAUCGUCUCGCGAAGGCGCUCCUUCCCUCGGCCUCACCACAGCAAGGCCGCGAUUGAACAUGAUCUGAGGCUCGCUAACAGCUCAAUUGAAGUAAUGGGCUAUUAGUGUAUGGACUAGCUAUUAAUCUCCACGGCUGGAUUCUUAAAGUGCAGGCCCAAUCUUAUAUUCCCCUGCUUGAAUUCUAAGCAGGGCAGGCUUCGGCCCAAAUACAAGACUACUGAUCAUGACGAGCUACCCACAUCUAUGGAUCGGCCUCUGCCAUCCCCUCGCUGCAGCUCCACCUCUAUGCCGAAGGGCUCGCACCUUUUGUUUCGUUCUGGGGUCAUCCGAUGUACUCUUUUUCCCUCAUUAGGAUUUUUUCCCACAGGGUUUUUCCUAAUGAGGUUUUUAACGAGGCAUCUCCCCAUUGUGGAUCAAAAGGUGUCAACCCUCGGCCCCCUGUUGCAGACAUCAUCAGACAUGCAUCACUCUACUCCUCUUCACCUCGUUACACUCGCCUCAAGGAGUGGGGGACUGGGAGAGCGGGGGACUUAGUGCCUUCGCUACCAAAGAAGCAGAAAUUCAAAUUUUUUGCAAGGAUUGCCACACGCACCGACGACAUCAUCAUCUCACAUACAUAUUCAGCUGCCACAUCGGCCAGUACAUAUACAUAGCUCCCCUGCCUCAGGACCGGUGGUGAUGGUCUCUAGCCUGCGACCUUCGGCUGAGGAUUUUCCCACAGGGUUGCCUCAGCCAGGGCUCACCAGUGGGAUCGGAUCAUCGGCUUGGGAAUCCGGGCGGGGCGCUUCGGUGACGACAGCGGUUUACUCACCAGACGACGACAGAUCAGCACAUAGUUCUACUCUCUUUCGCCUCGAGUACUCUCGACUCAGAGAGUGGGGGACUCCUGAUAGAGUAUAUAGACUUGGACCCCCGGGUCUCACGACUAUUGGGCCCGGACAGCGGCCCACAUACGCUCAGUAGAUAGCAUUUAUCUCAUUGUACACUUUAUUUAUUCAGAUGUAUCCAUUAGAAUAGAUUAGAUAUCAUUUAUUAGCCCUUUAUUAGCCUUUUAUUGUAACUGGGCCAGCCAGGCCCAAGCCUGGAAGCCCAGCCCUCUUUUCUCCUAUAAAUACUCCCUAUGGGAGCCAUGUAAAGGAGGAGAUAAUUGAUUGGAAUUCAUUAUAUAUAUCACUUUAUC